AUGGACUACGUCGAGCAGCGCAUGGCUCAGGAGGCCCAGAGAGCCGCCCAAGCUGCCCACAGCAACGCCCUCCUGACACCUCUAAACGUCAUCCUGCUCCUGCUCCUCGGCUACACCCUCUACGCCACCCUCAAGCCCUCCCCGCCGCCGCUGCUUCCCAAGGAGCCACCCGCCACCGUCUUCCGCACCUUUACCCCACGCACCCUGCUGCCUUUUGACGGCAGGGACGGCCGCCCCAUCUACUUCGCCGUGCGUGGCCGUGUCUUCGAUGUCUCGACCGGCCGUAACUUCUAUGGCCCCGACGGGCCCUACGAGAAUUUUGCCGGUCGUGACGCCUCGCGCGGUCUGGCCUCGGGUUCUUUCGACGAGGAAGUCUUGACCAAGGACCUCGACGGGCCGCUGGACUCCCUGGAGAGCAUGGGCCCGGAUGAGAUGGAGGCACUGCGGGACUGGGAGGAACAGUUUCUGAGCAAGUACCUAGUUGUCGGCAGGCUGGUCCCUGUUGGGCAGGAGGACAAGCCAAACCCGGAUCGUGGCAAUGGCAUGUAA